UUGUGUUGUUGUUGAGGCUGAUUCAUUUCAUCCAUCAUACCCAGAAUGCAAAGUGAGAUAGCCGACACUCAGUAGCCUUGCUCCGGCUUGCUUUUCGGCUUUAUCAUGUCCACGAGGGACACAUCCCCUCUCUGAGUCCACCCCGGCACACACACAACCCCCAAACGUGGACGUGGUCCCCCUCAUGAGAGCACGCGAAGAGUCUGGUGCACCUCGGACGGGAGGACGACUUUUAGCCCAGAUUGGCGUGAGCUGGUAGCGGCUGUCAUGGCAUCGUCGGAGCUGUACACGAAGUGUGCUCGGGUGUGGAUCCCUGAUGUAGAGGAGGUGUGGAAGUCAGCCGAGCUAACAAAGGACUACAAAAAUGGCGACCUCUCCCUGCAGCUCAUGCUGGAGGAUGGAACGAACCUCGAGCACAAGCUGGACCCCAAGACCAAGAACCUGCCCUACCUGCGAAACCCUGACAUCCUGGUGGGUGAGAAUGACCUCACGGCGCUCAGCUACCUCCAUGAGCCGGCGGUGCUGCACAACCUUAAAGUCCGCUUCAUCGACUCCAAGCUUAUAUAUACUUAUUGUGGGAUUGUUUUGGUGGCCAUCAACCCGUACGAGACGCUGCCCAUCUACGGGACAGACAUUAUCAAUGCGUACAGCGGUCAGAACAUGGGAGACAUGGACCCACACAUCUUCGCUGUGGCCGAGGAGGCUUACAAACAGAUGGCUAGGGAUGAACGGAAUCAGUCUAUUAUCGUGAGUGGUGAAUCUGGGGCAGGAAAAACAGUAUCAGCCAAGUACGCCAUGAGAUACUUUGCCACGGUCAGCGGCUCGGCCAGUGAAGCCAAUGUAGAGGAGAAAGUGUUGGCGUCCAACCCCAUCAUGGAGGCGAUUGGCAAUGCGAAGACAACUCGGAACGACAAUAGCAGUCGAUUUGGGAAGUACAUCGAGAUCGGCUUCGACAACCGCUACCGAAUCAUCGGCGCCAACAUGAGGACAUAUCUGCUGGAAAAGUCCAGAGUGGUGUUCCAGGCAGAUGAGGAGAGAAAUUACCAUAUCUUUUAUCAGCUAUGCGCAUCAUCGCAUUUGCCGGAGUUCAAAAACCUCAAACUGAGUAAAGCAAAUGAUUUCCUGUACACCCGUCAGGGCCGUAGCCCCAUCAUUGAUGGGGUGGAUGACACAAAGGAACUCUGCACCACCCGCAACGCCUUUUCAUUGCUCGGUAUCAAUGAGUCCUAUCAGAUGGGAUUGUUUCAAGUUCUGGCUGCUAUUCUUCAUCUGGGAAAUGUGGAGAUCAGAGACCGAGAUUCAGAUAGCAGUAUGAUUCCUCCCAACAACGAUCACUUAACGAAGUUCUGCGAGCUGGUCGGCAUCACCUACGAGGACAUGGCUCAGUGGCUGUGUCACAGGAAGUUAAAGACGGCUUCCGAAACCUACAUCAAGACCCUCCCCCGCCUGCAGGCCACCAACGCACGGGACGCUCUGUCCAAACAUAUCUACGCCAAGCUCUUCAACUGGAUCGUGGAGCACGUCAACAAGGCGCUCGUUGCCGAUAUCAAACAGCACUCGUUCAUCGGAGUACUUGACAUUUACGGCUUUGAGACCUUUGAAAUCAACAGCUUCGAGCAGUUCUGCAUCAACUAUGCCAAUGAAAAGCUCCAGCAGCAAUUCAACAUGCAUGUGUUCAAGCUGGAGCAGGAGGAGUACAUGAAGGAGCAGAUUCCUUGGACUCUUAUCGACUUCUAUGACAAUCAGCCGUGCAUCAACCUCAUCGAAGCCAAGAUGGGCAUCCUGGACCUGCUGGAUGAAGAGUGCAGGAUGCCAAAAGGUUCAGAUGAUUCGUGGGCUCAGAAGCUUUACACCCACCUGAAGACGUGCUCCCUCUUCGAGAAGCCACGCAUGUCCAACCGCGCCUUCAUCAUCCAACAUUUUGCUGAUAAGGUUGAAUACCAAUGUGAAGGUUUCCUGGAGAAGAACAAGGACACGGUGAAUGAAGAACAGAUUAAGGUGCUCAAGGCUAGCAAGUUCGACCUGCUGGUGGAGCUUUUUAAAGAUGAGGGAAAAGCCACCAGCCCCACCGGACAGGCUCCCGGAACAGGAGGCAGGACCCGUCUCAGUGUCAAACCUGACAAAAGCCGUGACAGCAGCAGCAAGGAGCACAAGAAGACCGUCGGUUGCCAGUUCCGUAACUCCCUCCAAAUGCUCAUGGAAACGUUGAACGCCACCACUCCACACUAUGUCCGCUGUAUCAAACCAAACGACUUCAAGCAGGCCUUCUCGUUUGACCCAAUGCGUGCGGUACAGCAGCUGAGGGCCUGCGGUGUCCUGGAGACAAUCCGCAUCUCCGCAGCAGGUUUCCCAUCAAGGUGGACAUACCAGGAGUUCUUCAGCCGGUACAGAGUGUUGAUGAAGCAAAAGGAUGUUCUGUCUGACAAGAAGUUAACCUGCAGGAACGUUCUGGAGAAGCUAGUGCAGGAUCAGGAUAAAUACCAGUUUGGUCAGACCAAGAUCUUCUUCAGGGCAGGCCAGGUGGCCUACCUGGAGAAGCUGAGAGCUGACAAGCUUCGCGCCGCCUGCAUUCGCAUCCAGAAAACCAUUCGUUGCUGGUUGGCACGUAAAAAGUACAUGCGCAUGCGGGAUGCUGCCAUCACCAUCCAGAGGUUUACCAGAGGAUACCAGGCUCGCUGCUUGGCGAAGUUCAUUCGUCGCACUCUGGCCGCUAUCGUCAUCCAAAAGUACCAAAAGAUGUAUGUGGCAAGGAAACGCUACAGGCAGAAGCAGACGGCAGCCCUGGCCAUACAGACCAUCCUCAGAGCUUACAUGGCCCGCCAGAAGUACCAGGCGCUCCUGCGUGAGCACAAGGCUGUGAUCAUCCAGAAGCACGCCCGCGGCUGGCUGGCUCGACGCUGGUACAAGCGCUGCCUGAGCUCAAUUGUCUACCUCCAGUGCUGCUUCCGCAGGAUGAGGGCCAGGCGCGAGUUGAAGAAGCUGAAGAUCGAGGCCCGCUCGGUGGAGCACUUCAAGAAGCUCAACAAGGGCAUGGAGAACAAGAUCAUGCAGCUGCAGAGAAAGAUCGAUGAGCAGACCAAGGAGAACAAGUGUGUGAAUGAAAAGCUCGUGGGCCUGGAGAACACCUACACCACGGAAAGCGAGCGGCUGCGCGGGGAGCUCGGCCGCCUGCGUGGUGUGGAGGAGGACGCCAGGAGCAAAGGCAACCAGGUCAGCUGUCUCCUGGAAGAGUUGGAGAAGCUGAGGAAGGAGCUGAGCACCACGCAGCAGGAGAAGAAGAUAAUUGAGGACUGGGUGCAAACGUACAAGAGCGAAAUGGAGAAAAUGGUUUCCGAACUGAAAGAUCAGAAUGGCUUGCUGAAGAAAGAGAAAGACGACUUGAACAGGUUGAUUCAGGAACAGAGUCAGCAGAUGACAGAGAAAAUGGCUCGUGCGAUUGCAGCGGAGACUCAGCAGCUGGAGACAGAUCUGAACGAGGAGCGCUCUCGCUACCAGAAUCUCCUGACAGAGCACCUUCGGCUCGAGGAGAAAUACGACGACCUCAAAGAGCACAUCUCCAAGCCUGGCCACAGGAGAACGGAUUCCACCCACAGCAGCAACGAAUCCGAGUACACCUACAACUCAGAGUUCGCCGAAUCGGAAGAAGGUUCCCGUGCCGCAGAAGAUUUGACACGAGGAAUGGAUACCUCUCUCACGCUCAAGCUGCAGAAGCGGCUUACAGAGCUGGAGCAAGAAAAGCAAUCGCUGCGUAAUGAGCUGGAAAACAAGGAAGAGCAGUUUCAGAGGGCCCGGGCCAGGGAUGAGUCAGAGUUCAAAAAGGUGCGUGGGGCAGAGUUGGAGUAUGAAUCCCUCAAGCGUCAGGAACUGGAGUCAGAGAACAAGAAACUAAAACACGACCUGGCCGAGAUGAGGAAAAGCCUGCUGGGCGGCACGGCCGCGAGCGCCGGGGCGCCGGGCUCUCCGGCCUACAAGGUGCUUCUGGAUCAGCUCAACUCGUCCUGCGAGGAGCUGGAGGUGCGCAAGGAGGAGGUGCUGAUCUUGCGCUCGCAGCUGGUCAGUCAGAAAGAGGCCAUGCAGCACAAGGAUGAGAAGGAGACCAUGACAGAGGUGGCUGUCCAUGUGGAGGACAUUUCCAAACUGAAGGAUGCUGACGAACUUAAGCAAGCCUACCUCGGCCUCAAAGACACCAACAGAUCGGCUGCUCCAGACUUCCAAAAGCUGAAUGAGGACGGGGAGCUGUGGCUGGUUAAUCAGGGCUUAAAGGAGACCAUCAGGCUGCUGGAGCACCAGCUGCAGACCCAGCGGCGGAAUUACGACAGCGAGGUGGAAUCUCUGCGUGGCGAGCUGCAAAACGUCAAGGAGGAAAACAACCGGCAGCAGCAGCUCCUGGCUCAGAACCUCCAGCUGCCCCCGGAGGCCCGCAUUGAGGCCAGUCUUCAGCACGAAAUCACCCGGCUCACCCAUGAGAACCUGGAGCAGGUGGCUGACGACCCCACAGCAUCCCGAGAGGCGCGAGUCAUCAUUUUACGCCGGAUGGUUGAUCUCAUGGAGCAGCUUGAAAAGCAGGACCGAACCAUCCGCAAGCUCAAGAAGCAGUUGAAGGUUUACUCCAAGAGGAUUGGAGAGAUGGGAGCCGGUCAAGCGGAGGGUCAGACAUCACCGGGUCAGAUGGUGGACGAACCCAUCCACCCGGUCAACAUUCCUCGCCGGGAGAAAGACUUCCAGGGAAUGCUGGAGUACAAGAAGGAGGACGAGCUGAAACUGGUCAAGAACUUGAUCCUUGAGCUGAAGCCUCGCGGCGUGGCUGUCAACUUAAUCCCAGGUCUGCCCGCCUACAUCCUUUUCAUGUGUCUGAGGCACGCCGACUAUGUUAACGACGACCAAAAGGUCCGCACGCUGCUCACCUCCACCAUCAACAGCAUCAAAAAGAUCCUCAAGAAACGUGGAGAUGACUUUGAGACGGUUUCUUUCUGGCUGGCCAACACCUGCCGCUUCCUGCACUGUCUCAAGCAGUACAGUGGGGACGAGGUCUUCAUGAAACAAAACACUUCGCGGCAGAACGAACACUGCCUGUCCAACUUCGACCUGACCGAGUACAGAUCAGUGAUCAGCGACCUGGCUAUCCAGAUCUACCAACAGCUGAUCAAAUGCAUGGAGAACAUCCUUUACCCCAUGAUAGUGUCUGGGAUGCUUGAGCACGAGACCAUCCAGGGCGUGUCCGGCGCAAAGCCAACAGGCCUGCGCAAGCGGACGUCCAGCAUCGCAGACGAGGGCAUGAACACGCUGGACUCCAUUCUGCGCCAGCUCAACGCUUUCCACUCCACCAUGUGCCAGCACGGCACCGACCCCGAACUCAUCAAGCAGGUGGUCAAGCAGCAGUUUUACUUCAUCGGCGCCGUCACCCUCAACAAUUUACUGCUGCGCAAGGACAUGUGCUCGUGGAGCAAAGGCAUGCAGAUCAGGUACAACGUGAGCCAGCUGGAGGAGUGGCUGCGUGACAAAGGCCUGAUGAACUGCGGGGCCAAGGAGACCCUGGAGCCUCUGAUCCAGGCCGCUCAGUUACUCCAAGUGAAAAAGAAGACUGACGAGGACGCCGAAGCCAUCUGCUCCAUGUGCCUGGCCCUCACCACUGCGCAGAUCGUGAAGGUCCUCAACCUCUACACGCCAGUAAACGAGUUCGAGGAGCGGGUGUCCGUCUCGUUCAUCCGAACCAUACAGACUCGCUUGCGAGACCGCUACGGAAGUCCACAGCUGCUGAUGGACACCAAAAUCAUCUACCCGAUCACCUUCCCCUUCAACCCGUCCUCCCUCGCCCUGGAGACCGUCCAGAUCCCGAGUUCGCUCAACCUGGCCUUCCUCACUCGUGUCUAGGGUGGGGGAGAGUCCACAUCUGUGUCAGACACAUACACACACGCACACAUUGUGAGCAUUGCAAAACACAACCAUGCAUGCUCCACAGGCUGUUUUCUUCACUUCUCUUAGACUAGUGUGUUGUUAGCGUUUUUCAAGCAGAGGCACAUAUUUUGUGUUAGAAAAAAAAAAAUCUCACAGCACACCACCAGAGGAAAGUGUCACAAAAAUAGAUACAGUAAACCGUCACUAUUCCUAAAACGUGAUAAAAUGUAAUACAAAUAAAACAGGCAAGUAAAUGACACCACCUAAAAGUUAUUGUUCUUUGACUGGACAAGGCUAAAGCCGGACUAAAUUGAAGCUUGUCCCGCAGUUCACAAUAGCAGCUUGGCACUAAUGCAAAAGGUGCCGAGCAAUAUUUUUAGUGUGGCUUGAGCAUGAAAACAGCCAAUAACAGGAUAAGUUCCCCCCCCUCCCUCCCUCUCCCAAACAAAAAUUAGGUAAUGGGCAAAUUUGCAAAUGUGCAUACUAAAAUAACAACGAUGAUGGUGUGAAAUACAAAUGUUCAUUGUACUUUUAUCUAGGGAGGGGCAUUCAUUUGUUCUGCUUGUCACUGUGUGUUGCUUGAAGCCCUUUCUGCUCCUUUCAGUGGUUUUUCAAGGUCAGGCGUUGACCUUGCAAGCCAGCCCAAGCGACGUGUCGGCUCACGUCCUCACGCUCAGUCGAGCAAAGACGUCCAACCGCACGUUGUCCGAGGCCGUCUUAUUUAUGCACCUAUAGAUGAAUAUAUAUAUAAAUAUGAACAAUAUGUGUAUUUAUUGCAUUCUCCCCCGGCUUCGCCAAGAGACGUUUAGUUCCGCGCCGAGCUCGUAGGAUUAGUCGGCAUCUCGCGCGUUGGCUCACGUGUAUGUAGCACAGGUUGUCGCUCGGCAGACGACGCCAUCGCUCUACUAUUAUUUAUUGAUCUUUGUUUUUGUUAUCAUUGAGCAGCAGUGUGAGGUUGUUUUUCCCAGUGCCUCAAUUAGCUUCAUGUCAUGUGUCUCGCACUGCCUUAGCCAUUUCAAAUUGGGCACCAUUUUUCUGACCAAAUGAUGAAUACGUCGGACUUUGGUUUGGCAGGACCUACAUUGAUCAAAACGCUUACAGCGGAUUGUACACGGCGCGGGCUGCAAACGGGCAAAAAUGAAGCUGCAUAUUCUAGUUAUUUUUAUGAUUUCCGUUUUCUGAAAGAGAUGUUGCCACACUUCUUCGUGUUCAUCAGUGUUAAUCCCCCGCCCUCUGCACUUGAACCUUUCUCAGCCUCAAGACCUGAGAGACAAUAUUUAUUUUUCUAUUUUCAGCUUAGCUGACUCAUAUUGUUUUAUUUUUUUUCCUCCCCAAUUCAAAGGCAUUUUUCCACCAAUCGGUACAGUGAUGACUCUUUGUCAACCAAUCAGCAGACAGAAGAUUCUUUGUCAACCAAUCAGCAGUCUAGCUCUGCCCUUAAGGUAUUCUGCUAUUGGUAUUGUGGUUAAAAAAAAAAAAGUGGUAUAAUUUGACAGAUCCUAUUUUGUGGGGGGGCUUUGGUUCAGUCCAGUUGACCACAAUGCAAGUGGGCUGUAUUGUCAGAAAAAAAGUGAUUUAAUUGAUGCUUGUCCAACAUGUAAUUUUUUUUUCCUCGCCUCUUCUUGUUCACGUGAAAGUAAUAGAAAAACCACCCAGCAGUGAUCAUAUAUCAUUGCCUUGCUUGGUGGAGGUAAGCGGUCUCAGGAGAUGUCACUUUUCACUGCAGAAUUCGCACUGCUCCGAGUUAUUAGGGCCACACUGGGGGACAAAGAAGGAAAAAUAAGGGAAAUGGUGAAAUUAUCAGAGGAAAAUCAAGAGAGGGGAAAAAAAAACAUAAUUAUGAGCAAAGCAAAAAAAAAAAAAAGACAAGUUGUUCGACUUAACCUUGGCACGCACAUUUUGGCCCUCCCCCACCGAGGACAUCAAACGUCUGUCUUAUAAGACCCCUGCAUGAAUCAUACUUAGGUCUGAGGUUUAUUAUGUAUGUAUUUGUCUCAAUUAUAGGCAGUCUUAAAUAUUAAACGCCUUCUGCAUUUAUGACAAAAAAAUCUUCACGUGUGUGGGGAAAAGUCAGCGAGCCGCCAACGGUCACAUGAAACGCAACGUAGAUCAAUCAAAGAAGCAACUUGACUAGUUUAACGAGGGGGCGGACAUAAAUGGCGUCCUUCCCGAAUGUCAUUUGUUGGAUAAAAGUGGGUUUCCCGUCUUUUCAUCAAUGAUGUCACCGUUGUACAGCACUCCCCCUCCAUAAAGAUUUAAGACUGAGUGAUGUGCGCCUGUCUUGGUUUUUGUGCCUCGGAGGAGGAGUUCUCACAGCGCUGGUGGAAUAGAAUCUGUGUGUGUGUGUGUGUGUGUGUGUGGUGUGUGUGUGUGUGUGUGUGUGUGUGUGUGUGUGUUGAGAUUAUCAGCACACACAAUAUGGGAAGAAGCUGUUUGUUAAAUGUCUAGUUUUUAUCUUUGUGUCUGGCACAGAUUUUAAAAACAAUACAAAUUGUGUGGCAAUAUUAUGUUGAAUAUAAUCUGGAAGUUAUGAUCAAAGUCAUAAUUUGAAAGUCAUCAAGUUGUGGAUUUGCACCUUGUCAGAUGAUUGGGGGAAAAAAAAUGUGAAUUCACAAGCAAAAAAAAAAAUUAAAAUAAAAAUUCUAAAAUGGA